AAAGCCGCCCGCCUCCGUCUCUCCCCCGCACCGCACUCCAUCGCCAUCGCCUCGCCGCCGUUCCCCGCAACCCCCCUGUGUGUCGACCCAAUCUCAAUCUCACGGAUAUCACCCGACGGGACGGGACCCGGCGCCUCGUCCUCUCCAGAUCUUACGCCCGCCCGCCCGCCCGAGCUGGUAGCAGCAACUCUUCUGCUGCAGUCCGCCAAAAGGAAAUGACGAAGCUCUACAAAAUCCGCUCCCAUGCCCACAUCCGAGCCCUGCUGGCCCGCGCCGAUGAGCUGGGCCGCUCCCAUAAGUUCAUGCUUGUGAAUCUUGUCUCUCUGGAGUCGGUGCGCAUGGCGCGCGAGUCGUAUGCACUCCUCUGCCCGCUCAUCAUGGAGGCGAUGUUCUGGUCAUGCGGGGAGCUGGAUUCCCUCUCGGUCGUGGCAGGCUUGUCGCUGGAAAUCCAAAAGCUCGAGCAAGAUCUGUUACCCCAGCUCAUGGUUCAUGAGGCCAAGCUGGAACGGGGCGCCCUGGAAGCCCUCGUACUCAUGAAGAACUCAGCAAUUACGCUCUUACAUCUGAGUAAGUGCUUUAAGGAAGCCUUGGGCGUAUUGCUUGCCAAGGAGGAUCUGGUCUCAGACCGAGUCGAACAGCUGAGCAUAAUGCUAAAGGAUACUGCUGUUAAUGUACUCGAAGGUAAAUGCAACGGUGUCUGGCUUCAGGGGCGUGUCCUGUGGCUGGUCCAGCUGGUCAACCAUGUGUUGGAGACCCCGGUUCGUUUCUGUGAUCCUGAUGAGUUUCCUGAUGAGCUAGACUUAUCAGCCUGCUCGAGGCUGUUGUGAUGAGUAUUUCUUAGGGGCGUGGCAAACAGUUUAGAAUCAAAUGUUGCGAUGUAUUUCUUGGACCCUCCUUUAUGUUUGGAUGUGUUACUAAUGGAUUUUAAAUGAUAUGUAUCUUGGGUAGUGUUUUCUCA